AUGACCAACGUGGUGCUGCUUCUCUUCGACCCACAUCAAGAAAUUGACAUAACAGCCGUGUGGUGGAAAGAUUGGCUCUACCGAUUUGGCAACACCACCACCGUCCAGGCAAAAGAUAACACAAGUUUACAUGUAAUAAGCUAUGCCUUGUUUACACUUUUAAGUCACAACAGCCAACAGAGCGCUGAAGACAGGGUCGUCUCUAGGGGGUGGGCAAGAGAGUCCUCCACUGCAUUUUCUGCUCCUCGUUGGGGAUUUAAAUUGAAUGAAGGCAAUUUGCGAUAUGGUACAUUGCCUCGUGAAGCCGUGUGCACUGAGAAUCUGACACCUUGGUUGAAACUUCUUCAAUGUCGUGACAAAGCUGGGAUAGCUUCUUUGCUGUACAGGCCUUCAAUUUACAAAGGAUAUUACCAUUCGCAAAAACUGAAACUGAGAUCCUCCAAGUCACUUGGUAUUAUUCUUGAUCAAACUCUGACUGUUAUGCUGCAACCAAAUACUGGAAAUGCCUUGUUUCUAACUCCAGCAGAAUAUUCAUUGAGGUUGAUAAAAGGCAUUGUUGACAAAGUUAACAAAUCUGGAAGUGAUCUUUCUUUGAAUAGUGAAUUCUGUGUAUUGUCUAAUAGCCCAGACAAGUUGAUCAAAGGCCAAAGUCACAUAGAAAUUCAAUUUCUUUUUUUAUAUGAAUAUGAUGCUAGUAACUACAGUGAGGAAAUACCUUUGGAUGUGGGCAUAACAUGGAAGCUUCCCCUGAUAUGGACUUGCACCCCGUCACCUUUUCAUGCAAGCAGAUUUCUUAUGGGCAGUGGACAUGAAAGAGGGUCAAUUGCUCUGUCGUUUAUGUCCAUUAAUCUUCAUAAGCAGAUAUCUGGCAGCCCAACUGACUGUUCAUUAAAGGCAGUUAUUUUCCAGGUUGUUCCAUGGUAUGUUAAGGUCUAUUAUCACAGCCUAGAAAUAUUUAUAGAUGGGAGCAGGAAGACUGUGUCAGAAGUAGUUGACAAGAUUCAUGUCACUCCUUCAGAAGACAAGCUUUUGCCUGGUACCCUGGAGAUGCUAUUAAGAUUCCCUUGCAGUAUGCAGCCGGGUACUCUGAUAUUGGAUUUUGAGAAGGGAUUCCUGCAUAUAGAUGAAUAUCCUCCUGAUGCUAAUCAAGGAUUUGACAUUCCUUCAGCUUUGGUUAGCUUUCCUGAGUUCAGUUCUACUCGAAAUUACCCUGAAAUUGAUCCAGUACUUGGAUCUCUUUUACUAGAAAAUUUCCAGAAUGCCAAUAUCUCAGUGUUCUCGCAGAAGAUAGUGUUGUGA